AUUCCUUUACCUUUCUGACGGGCAGACGUAAAGCUGGUCUUUUUAAACGACCCGCAAUAUAAUCUGCUUUUUUUGUUAGCAUCUUUACAUAAAACUGCGUGAAAAUGGUUGUUAAGAAGCCCAGGCCAAAGAAGAAGCCAGUGACCAAGAAGGUGGCGCCAGCUCCAUUGGCUGUGAAGAAGCCCGUGGUCAAGAAAGUGGUUAACCAGCUUUUCGAAAAGCGUCCCAAGAACUUCGGCAUUGGCCAGAAUGUUCAGCCCAAGCGUGACUUGUCUCGUUUUGUGCGUUGGCCCAAAUAUAUUCGCGUGCAACGCCAAAAGGCUGUGCUCCAAAAGCGUCUGAAGGUGCCCCCACCAAUCAACCAGUUCAGCCAGACCCUGGACAAGACCACAGCGGUCAAGCUAUUCAAGCUUCUGGAGAAGUACCGCCCAGAGUCCCAGCUGGCCAAGAAGCAGCGCUUGAAGAAGCUCGCUGAAGCCAAGGCUAAGGGCAAGGAAGUCGAGCCCAAGAAGAAGCCCAGCUUCGUCUCUGCCGGUACCAACACCGUGACCAAGCUCAUUGAGCAGAAGAAAGCCCAGCUGGUCGUGAUUGCUCACGAUGUGGAUCCUCUUGAGUUGGUGCUCUUCUUGCCAGCUCUGUGCCGCAAAAUGGGCGUGCCUUAUUGCAUCGUGAAGGGCAAGGCUCGUCUGGGACGCCUUGUGCGUCGCAAGACCUGCACCACCCUGGCCUUGACCAACGUGGAUAACAACGAUAAGGCCAACUUCAGCAAGGUGUUGGAGGUCGUCAAGACCAACUUCAAUGAGCGCCACGAGGAGAUCCGUCGUCACUGGGGCGGUGGUAUUCUCGGCUCAAAGAGUUUGGCACGCAUUUCCAAGCUGGAGCGCGCCAAGGCCCGUGAGCUUGCCCAGAAGCAGGGUUAAACACACAUGCUGGGACUUGGACUCUUUUUUUUGUAUGCAAGUUGUAUGA